UUUGUCAGAUUGAAUGAUUCAUAUUCGGAACGCUUCUUUUGUUUAAUUCAAGAUUUAAAUUGGUUGCAUUUAAACAGUAUUGUAUUUCUUUUUCUAAUUCAAUUUGGCUUGUGAGAAGCUGCUUAAGUUGGUUGAAGAAUCUUUCCUGUAACAACUAUCAAACAUAACAAACCGUAUAAUAUUCUGUUGAUGGCAGAGUCUGGAAUAGAAACAACGGCAGCACCAGAAUGGUUAGUCAAACUGGAAAGCCGGCGGGAACAAAUAAAAGCUAAACUGGGUCACGAAAGUGGCAACGGAGCUCCUUGUGUUGUUUGUGGAAGUAAAUGUCCCGGGUUGGAUUUGCACUUCUGGCGAAAGGUGUGCCGUAAUUGCAAGUGCCGAAAGGAACAGCACGACUGCAAAGACGAUGAUGUUACAGGAUGGGCCCAAUUCGAAAUUUUGGGAGCAAUCCGUUCUAAACCGGCAUAUAUAAAAAUUUCUGAGUUCACUGAUAAACCAGUGCAGCUGGACUGGGUUCCACCGAAUGUGACUCCGGAGCUGGCUUCCGAUUAUAUGUCUCAGUUAGGUCAGCAGAAUAUUCCAAUCGCUGGUAGUGAAGCCGCCGAAAAACGAAAACAACAGCUGGAGUAUCAGGUUCCUCCACACGACUUAGAUGCCAGUUUGUGCCACAAUCUUUCGGAAAUCGAAGCCGCUCAAUUGGUGCAGUAUGUCGAAAAAAUCAAGAAAAAUUGUGUCGGACAAGGAAACGUAAUCCGCGUCGGGGACAAUAUAAACUAUUUGCCAGCCUCGGCAAAGGUUCAAAACAUGCCACAUGUACAAGAGUCGGGAUUAAAAGAUGGACUUGUCAAACAAUUGCUAAGCUUAAAACCUAUUAAAGAAGUACUUUCCGGAAACCCGUCCUCAACUGGGCGAAUUUUGUGCCUUCAGAAAGAACCGAUGGAGGCUGAUUUUAUAACCAGCCCUCUAAUGUCCGAUAAAAUCAAGUACAAAUUAAAGUUGAUGAAAGUAAACUCGGAAGCGAUUCGGAGUGUUGUUCGAGAUGGGCCAGAAUUGGAUCUAAUUUUGAACUCACUAGAAGCUAGCGGGGUACAUUUUGAGGAUCAUUGUAGUUUACUUGGACCGAUUAACCAAUUAAGGCAGGAGUAUUUGAGCAACCCUAAGUUUCAAAAUGAGAUUGAUAAAUUCGUAGCAUCAAUUUCUCCAGUUGCAGAACUCAACACUGCUGAGCAAUCAACGGAAAACCCAUUCAACUCUCCGCUGCCACUAAAAAAUUUUGCCCGGCACGAUUUUUUGCAGCGCCAGGAAACGCCGGUUAGAAAAUUGCGGUUCGAACAGAAGUCAUUACCGACACUAUCCACAGAAUGCCGAGCAGCUCUUAGGAGAGAUACUGUUUUGGCGAAUAUUCUGAAUUCCGAACCGCUAAAAACCACACUUCACGCUCCUUUGUACGGAUCAACACUAGUUAUCUCUCGGAAACCAAUGUUCCCGGAUUUCAUAAGCAGCCCCUUUCUGUCGCCGGCUUCUAAGGCACGGCUGGAAACGAUGAAAAUUAACACCCAAACAAUACAGAGUGCUGUUUUGAACGGUCCGUUUUACGAUGAGCUACUAUCUAAGUUAAACAGCUGCGGUAUCAAUUACGCCCAGGACUCUAUACUACAACCGAUUGAGGAAUUUCGAGACGAAUUUCUAAGUUAUGACAGUGACAAUGAUUUCCAAAAGGAGAUAACAGAUUUCAUAAAAAACUCAGAUUUGUCGUCGUUUGGACUGAUUCCGGCGCAAGUUCCAGAGAUUGCAGAUGCCAGGAAACUCGCUCAAAAUUCGAAUCAACUGCUUGCUGAAAUACUAUCUACUCCGAUCGUUCAGAAUGCUCUGAAAUCAAGAUCGCAGCCGGGUGGAAUCCUACAAAUUUCAAACAUUCCAAUGGUUAACGAUUUCCAGCAUUCGGAAAAAUUGACUGAACCUACGAAGGACAAGCUAAACAAAAUGAAAAUCGACAGCCAAGCCAUCGAGAGUGCGGUGAUUUGUGGACCCACAUACGACAAACUCUUUGAUCAGUUGAAUAAAAAUCGGAUCAAUUUUGCCACGGACUCCAUACUGAAUCCUAUAGCACAGUUUCGAAGUGAAUACCUUAAUGAUGAUAAUUUUAGGAAGGAGUUGGUCCGCUAUGUUUCCCAUCCUGAAGCGUGUCUGUUUGAUCCAGUAAAAGUUGAAGAGUUGCCUUCUGAUAAUACCCAGCUUGUGAAACAAAUGGCCGGAAUGCACGUUUCUCACAGUGAUGAUUCUGGGUUCGGUUCAAUUCCUCCAACUCCAAAUUAUUCUACUUACCCAGGAGUUCUCAGUCCUACCGACGUAAAUGAUUUGAAUGCUAAAGAAGGUAUUUUGACGUCCAUUCCAGCUAUUCAUGAAAUGAAUAUGUACCCAGAGGUUCGUCCAAGCCGAAACGCAUCAACGAAUGAAUCAACUGUUACUGCUCCUGUUCAAGCUCAAAUUAAACAAAAAUCUUCCAUUCAACUGCCUGAAGACAUCAUCUGCAGUGGUUGCCAACAAAACAUCCUGCUUGGUGAGGUUGCCGUCAAAGCAGAUCGUGCAGGGAAAAGUGCUGCAUGGCAUCCCCAAUGUUUCAAGUGUCACAAAUGCGAAGAACUACUUGCUGAUCUUGUCUAUUUCUACCACGGGGGUAAAGUGUACUGUGCUCGAGAUUUGGCGAAUAUUCUAAAGAUUCCCCGUUGUUCGGCCUGCGAUGAACUGAUUUUCACUAAGGAAUAUACCGCAGCUGAGGGAGCAACAUUUCACAUUAAACACUUUUGCUGCUAUCACUGCGAUGCGGCUCUUGCUGGUCAACAGUACGUCCCAGACGAGAAAUCCAACAUGCCGCUUUGUUUGACAUGCUAUGACACGUAUUUCGCCAAAUCCUGUAAUUAUUGUCGUGGAAUUAUUGGACCGGCCGAACAGGGAGUUGCAUGGGGCAGCAUCCACUGGCAUGGUUCUUGCUUCCUUUGCAGCGGCAAGGACUGUGGCAAAUCGCUUAUCGGUGGAAGAUUCUGUGUGAAAAACGAGAUGCCAUUUUGCAGCCCGCAGUGCCUAAGAAGUAUAUUGACUUGAGCAAGUAUCAACUUCAAAAGGCGUCGAACGAUAUAAGAUAUAAGAGCACUUGGUGCUGCAAAAAAUUUACUCCACUUCAAACGAGUCACAGUUUUAAACUUCCACUAUAUAAAGUAUUUUUUAAAUAUAAUUAUGUGCCAGAAACAAGCGUGUGCAAGUAAUUUCACAGUGUUCCUUACAAAACUAUUUUUGUAUAGUACUUUACCGGAAAUUGAAUAAAUAUUUUGA